UCAAUGAAGUAGUAAAAGGGGGGAACAUCUGUGGCAGAAGAGAAGGAAAGGUUUUGAGCCUUUGAGUGAGCGUUUGCUUUGGUUGGGUUCCCUUCUUUUAUUUACCGAAUUCAAGAGUUGACCAAUAUCUAAAAUAAGAAAAUGAAGUUAAUAAUUGGCAUUGGAGGAGUGACCAACGGUGGGAAGACCACUUUGACAAAUAGGCUACUAAAGACAUUACCCAACUGUUGUGUGGUGCAUCAGGAUGAUUUUUUCAAGAAACCCGAUCAAAUAGAAGUCGGGGAGGACGGCUUUAGACAGUGGGAUGUGAUCACGGCUCUGGACAUGGAGGCUAUGGUCAACACUGUGAAAGGCUGGCAAGAGAACCCGGUCAAGUUUGCCCGCUCCCAUGGCAUCAGCCUGGCACCUGAAUCCGACUCGGAGAAUGGGAUCCAUUUUCUCAUCGUGGAGGGAUUCCUCAUCUAUAACUACAAGCCUCUUCUUGACGUCUAUGACAAAUGUUUCUACAUUUCCGUUCCUUAUGAGGAGUGCAAAAGGAGGAGAAGUACAAGGACAUACACAGUCCCCGAUCCCCCCGGCCUCUUCGACGGCCAUGUCUGGCCCAUGUACUUGAAACACAGGAAAGAGAUGGAGAGCAAAUGCGACAGAAUAGAGUACCUUGACGGGAUGACAUCAAAGGAAGACAUGUACAACAAAGUAUAUGAAAGCAUUCAGAACUCCCUGCUGAACAACUUAUAGCAGGACGGGGAUGACAGAGGACUUGUGUAUAGACUUGUAAAUAUAAUUUUGAGUAAAUGUGCAACAUCAAUUCUGUACUUCUAGCCUAUAUGAUUUCUGAUUUGUAAAUAGUUAAUCAUGUAACUUAUUAAGAACUAACGGCAGAAGCGUUGUGUUUUGUAUAAUCCUGUGUAACUUUUUUUUCUAAAAGAUAAGCCACCUCUGGAUUACCCAGUGUUGAACAUCAGGGACAGAUCUAAACUCUGAUCUUGUUGUAUUAUACAUCAAAGUGAAAUACCCACUGGGAGGAAGGAUUUUUGUCUCACAACAUAAAGAAAUGACUGAAUCCAC